UUCGACAACAACCCGAACAGCAACAUGAUCAAGGUCGUCAUUAAGGAGGAGGCCAAGGCGCCUGUCGAGAUCGAGCUCGAAGCCGACUCGACGAUCGCGGAGCUGCUGCAGGUGGCCGCCAGCGUGCGCACGACCAUCGACUUGGUCGAGCCCGUCGUCGAGUUCCCUGAGGGCACGGCCGUCAACAAACACGUCGGCGCCAUCUCGGCGCUUGGCAUCACGAACGGCGCGACCGUCUUCCUCAAGGCGCCGAAGCCUGUCGACGACUCGAGCGUCACUGAGGACGAGGUCGCGAGCACGAUCGUCGUCACCAACAUCCCGAUGGCCGAGAAGUCCGUGACGGAGCAAGCGCUCGUUGCCGUCUUUGCGUCCUGCGGCGCCGUGAAGCGCACGAUCCUCCAAGCCGAUGGCGAGACGUUGCAGCACGCGGUGCUGGUGUUUGCGACGCCGGAAGCGGCGGCCGCGUCGCUCCAGCACGACGGGGCGGCGGUGCUCAACGGCCACAUCUCGGUCAUCUCAGCUGGCGCGCUGCCGCCGUCGUCGCCCUCGAAGAAGGCGAGCUCGGGUGUCAACAGUGUCGCCAAGUUCCUCGCUGGCGGCUACUCGGUCGGCGCGGCCGGCUUGACGCACGUCCAGCGCUUUGACGAGGAGCACAAGAUCUCGCUCCAGGUCAAGAGCGGCGCCGAAGUGGCGAAAAUGAAGGCCGCGGAGCUCGAUGCGCAGUUCCACGUCUCGGAGAAGAUCGCGACCGUCGGGAAGAAGGCGCACGAGCUCGAUACGAAGUACCAAGUGUCGCAAAAGGCGUCCGAGGCGGCGGCCACGGCCGUCUCGGCUGCGGACGCGCUCGCCAAGAAGGCGAUGGAGAACAAGACGGUCUCGGACGGUGUCCAGAAGAUCAACAGCUUCUUCUCCUCGCUCAUGUCGGUUGCCAACCAGACCGUCGAAGAGACGAAGAAGGAGAUCCACGAACACCACCCGACGAGCCCGCGCGCCGCCGCCGCCGCACCGCCAGCCCCGGCCACCGUCGUCGACACGCACAAGACGGCGUAAGGUAGAUAUGGUCACUUGCGUAAACGAUGCGUAAGACAUACCUUGGCCCAUCUCC